CGCCCUCGGCCGCGGUGGUGGCGCCCUCAUGCCGGCUCUUCCUCACUCACUCUCACAUGCUCGUAGAGAGGAAAUCUGCUUCUGCUGUUCAAUCGCCACACUUUUGAAAAUCAGCUCUGCGUAGAAAUUCGCCGGAAACAUGGGUCGCGUAAGAACAAAAACGGUUAAAAAGGCUUCUCGAGUCAUCAUCGAGAAGUAUUACACACGACUGACCCUCGAUUUUCACACGAAUAAGAGGAUCUGUGAAGAGAUUGCGAUCAUUCCCUCGAAACCUCUGCGCAACAAAAUUGCUGGGUUUGUGACCCAUUUGAUGAGACGAUUACAAAACAGCCAAGUGAGGGGAAUUUCAAUUAAGUUGCAAGAGGAGGAACGAGAGAGAAGGGAUAACUACGUCCCAGAGGAAUCUGCGUUGGACAGGGACAUCAUCGAGAUUGACGCCCAAACUAAAGAUAUGCUGAAAAUGAUCGAUUUUCAAAAUCUUAGCAAUCUUCAACUUACCCAAGUGACCGCUACUGGGCCUGCUGGCGGUUAUCAAGGGCGCCGCUAAGAUAAGAACAUAGUAUAUGAAGUGUCAACAUUUUUAUGAAACUCUUGUUUGAGGUGAAAUAAACUCGUAUUGGUUGAUCCCUUGGUUAAA